AAUCACAAUACAAUGCAGUGGCCACAACCAGUUGAAUAUUUGGAAAAACGCAAGUACGAAGAUCAUAAAGUCGUAUGUUACAAUACCAAUAUAACCCAUGAAGGUUCUUUAUGGCGGGCUGAGAAUCCUGUUGCUUCAACUCUCCCUGUUUUUGCUCUUCAACUUUGCCUUAUUAUUUUUUUCUCUCGUGUUCUUAUUUUCGCCUUGAAACCCCUACGCCAACCACCCAUUGUAGCGGAAAUUCUUGCUGGGGUGUUGAUGGGGCCGUCGUUAUUGGGGUGGACGGAUUUGUUUUCGAAAUAUAUAUUUGCUUGGAAGAGUUUAUUGGCGUUGGAAACUGUUGCGAAUUUGAGUUUGGUUUAUUAUAUUUUUCUUGUUGGUUUGGAGCUCGACAUGGCUCCAAUUGUACGUGCUGGAGGGAAGUCUAUAAGCAUUGCUUUGCUUGGUAUACUUCUUCCAAUUCCCGUUGGGAUUGGCUUGCAUCAUCUGAUCAACAACAGUAGGAACAAAGCUAAGAUGCCCCAGGCCACAGCCCAUGGUCCUUUGUUUUGGGGUAUUUCCUUAGCCACCACCAACUUCCCUGACUUGUCGCGUAUCCUUUCUGAUGUUAAGCUUCUCCAUUCGGAGAUUGGAAGAACUGCUUUAUCCGCUGCUGUUAUUACAGAUCUCUGCUCUUGGGUGCUUCUUGUGAUUACCAUGUCGAUUAGCAAUGUGGGGAAAUACUAUGCAGUUACCUCCACCUUUGUUUUUGUGUGCAUGUGUCUUUUCCUUUUCCGUCCUGCUCUCAAGUGGCUCAUUCGCGUCAGCUCCAAAGAUGGGAACUACAAUGAGUUUCAUAUUUGCUUUGUGAUGACUGGCGUGGUGGCGUGUGGAUUGAUUACUGAUGCAUGUGGUACGCAUUCGAUAGUUGGAGCAUUCAUGUGGGGGGUUAUCAUGCCUAAGGGCGAGCUGAAGGAUAUGAUCAUGGGGAAGGUCGAAGAUCUGGUUAAAUCAAUUCUGAUGCCUACAUUUUUCGUGGUGACUGGCCUUAGAGUGAAUUGUAACAUCAUUUCUAAAGAAUCGGACUGGGUAUUGGUUUUGUUGAUCAUCUUCUUGGCUACCUCGGCCAAAAUUGUUAGCACAUUCCUUGUGGCCAUCUUCUGCAACAUGCCACCGCGAGAGGGUUUGACUCUUGGCUCACUUAUGAAUACCAAGGGCUUACUUGCCUUGAUAAUCAUCAGUGCCGGACGAGAUAUGCAGGCUUUGGGACGUCUCACGUUCACAGUGAUGAUCAUGUCUUUCUGGGUAAUGACGGCUCUAAUUGGACCAACAUUGGCUUUUACUUACAAAUCAAUCAAGACAUCGAGGAAAAGUAGGUACAGAACCAUUCAAAGCAUCAAACCGGAGGCAGAGUUUCGAGUUGUUGCUUGUGUCCACUCCACCCGAAAUGUCUACGGCAUCAUCCAUCUCCUUGGAGCUUCAAACCCUACCAAGCAAUCGCCACUUUUAGUCUUCGCUAUUCAUUUGGUCGAGCUUACUGGUCGUGCCACGGCAAUGCUGAUUGUCCAUGGCCAAUGCAAAGCCAGCUCCGCCAAAGCCAAGGUCCAGACUGACCACAUUAUCAAUGCAUUUGACAAAUUUGAGAACCAGAAUAACGGUGUCACUGUCCAUUCCCUCACAGCCGUGUCACCAUAUGCAACAAUGCACGACGACAUCUGUGGCAUUGCAGCGGAGAAGCGUGUACACUUGAUCAUUGUCCCAUUUCACAAGCAGCCAACACUAGAUGGGGGAUUAGAAGAUGGCAACCCCUCACUUGGGUUGGUCAAUAACAGUGUGAUGGCUAAUGCCCCUUGCUCUGUAGCAGUCCUUGUUGACCGUGGCCUCUCUGCCACCAGCCUCACAGACUCCAAUCGAUCCAACCGCAUACAACAACGCUUUGCUCUAUUCUUCAUCGGUGGCCCUGACGACAGAGAAGCUCUAGCUUACGCAUUGCGGAUGUCAGAGCAUCCAGGCAUUCUUAUAACAGUGGUAAGAUUCAUCCCUGGUGAAGAAGUGCAGGAAAUGAGCAUAAUGGACUUUCCUGGUGAAGAAAAUGUGGAAAUUCUUACGGCCUUAGCAAGAGCAAAGAAGGAGAAGGUGAUUGACAACGACUACAUUGAUAACUUUCGGUUACAAAUCUCGAGCAACCAAUCGAUUGGAUAUGCAGAAGUUGUGGUGAACAAUGGAGAUGAAACACUAAAAGCAAUAAGCACAUUGGAAAAUGAGUUCAGCUUGUAUAUUGUUGGAAGAGGUAGAGGGAUGGUGUCUCCGCUCGUGUCGGGGCUGUCGGAGUGGAGUGACUCACCGGAGCUGGGGGUGUUAGGGGAUGCGUUGGUAACAUCAAGCUUUGCAACAAAUGUGUCAUUGCUGGUGGUGCAACAAGGGGAUGUAGAUGCAGACGAGAAGGGGGAGAGGUUUAACGAUGGUGGGUUUAUGGGGGAGCAAUUUGGAGGGCAGGAGGGAUGGCAGUCACCCAUCAAAAAGAAUGUUGAUGGAGACUUUGAUCUUUUUGUGAAUCAAAAAGAGAAUGAUAAAGAGGGUGAGGAGGAAGAUGAAGAGAAGGGGAAGGACAACCAUUAUCAACCAAAUGGAACCAAAGUUUACCACACUAAAUCAUCUAGGUUGUAAACAAAUUCAUUCCCAUCAAUAUUCAGAUGUAUUCCUCUUUACAUUUUUGUGCAUUCAA